AUGCCCCCUUCGCAGCUGAAGCAGCUGAAAGCCUCUCUGCGGGAAAGCGGAAUCCUGGGGCCGCAGCAGUCUAAAAAGCAGAAACAGAAAAACGCGAAGUCUGGUGCGGGCGCUGCGAGCCGAAUACACCGCAAUGCUGCCCUCCAGGGAAUACGGGAACAAUUCAAUCCCUUUGAAAUCAAGGCGCCCACGAGGCCUGCUAAAUUCAAUUCUGUUUCGCGAUCGAACCAAGAUGCACCACGCUCCAGACCCGGAGUCACUAAGGGCUUAGGAGAGCAGAGAAGAAAAGAAACCCUCUUAAAGGAAAUGCAGCGCCGGAGUAAAGUCGGGACAUUGCUCGAUCGACGCUUCGGUGAAAAUGACCCUACAAUGACCCCAGAAGAAAGAGCGGCCGAGCGGUUUGCAAGAGAGAGCCAGCGGAGGCUCAAAAAGGAGUCAAUGUUCAAUCUUGAAGAUGACGAAGAAGAGGUGCAACUUACCCAUUUGGGACAAACUAUUACGUUUGACGCAGAGAGCAGGGAUGACUUUCAAGAGGACGAUCUCAAUGUCUCUGAUGAAGAAGGGAACUUAGAGAAAAUACGUAAACGAAGGCGAACGGCUGAAGAAGAUGACAUGGAGGGGUUGGCGGAGGACUCGGAGGAGGAAGGGCAACCGGAACGGAAGAAAUCAAAAAACGAAGUCAUGAAAGAGCUCAUUGCGAAAUCGAAAUUUCAUAAAUAUGAGCGUCAAAAGGCAAAAGAGGAUGAUGCUGAUUUGCGAGCGUCACUCGAUAAGGGUCUUCCCGAAAUUUUUGAGAUGAUGAGAGGGGUCAAAAAACCUGAACCUGAACCUUUGCCACAACCUGAUCUUGUCGCCACGAUGAAUCCGGAUCGUGCGGCUCUCUUGAAUGGAAAGCCAAGAGACGAGGCUGAUAAGGAGUACGAUCAACGGCUGAAGCAAAUGACCUACGAUAAACGAGCUAAUCCUGUAGAUCGUACUAAGACAGAGGAGGAGAAAGCAGAAGAGGAGGCAGAGAGACUGAGACAACUAGAAAAAGAACGGCUCAGAAGAAUGCAAGGGGCGGGGGAUGACUUGUCAGAGGAACAGGAUAGCAACGGUGAGGAAGACGUGGAGGAUAAUUCAGAGCCAGACGAUGCGAAGGCAUUUGGAUUGGCUCAACCGAAGAGCAUUCAAGAGUUCGCUGUAGAAGAUGAAGACGAUUUUAUCAUCGACCGCGACCUUGUUGAGUCCGACUCUGAAGCAGAACUCUUUCUAGAUGAGAGCGAUAUGGCCAGCGCUUCGACUGAAGAGGAGUCUGAGGCGGAAGAUGAUGAAUUCAUUGGUGGUUUAGUUCUCCCUCCUGGCAUGGAAGUCGAUAAGGGGCCAUCGACCACCAAUGGCGAAUCCUCCACAGCAUUGACAAACAACAACCUUGCAUUUACAUAUCCCUGCCCGAGAAGCCAUGAACACUUCUUGCAAAUCAUUAAGGAUACCAAAACCGAAGACCUGCCCACUGUAGUUCAGAGAAUUCGCGCACUCCAUCAUCCCAGACUCCACAGCGACAAUAAAUCGAAGCUUGCGACUUUUUCGCAAGUGCUUGUGCAGCAUACCGUGUACCUAGCAAAUCAGCCAAACCACCCACCCUUCGCGGUUCUCGAGAACUUGUUACGCCAUGUCCAUUCUAUGGCCAAGGCUCAGCCGGAGGCAGUAGCUAGUGCAAUGAGAGACCAUUUGCGAGAGAUGUCGGAAACUCGACCCUUAGAAUUGUUGCCAGGCGAUCUCGUUAUUUUAACUGGUGUGGCAACCAUAUUCCCCACCUCCGAUCACUUCCAUGCUGUUGUCACUCCAUCCAUUCUUGCCAUGGCUAGAUACCUUGGUCAGAGCAAUAUCACCAACCUUGGAAACAUCGCGACUGGUGCAUAUAUCGCAACCCUUUGCAUCCAGUAUCAGACGCUAGCCAAACGGUAUAUACCAGAAUUCAUGAACUACGUCCUAAACGGUCUCUGCAUUCUAGCGCCUAUCGAGCCCAAAGAGACACUCGGCUUGUUUCCUCUCCGGCAGCCGUCUGUGCCUCUUCAUCUAACCGCUUCAGAACUCCCGUUGACCCACAUCAGAAAACUUACAUUCUGGGACGUUCUCGCUAACUCUUCUACCGACAGUCGUGAACAAGAGACCCUCAAGCUUUCCCUCAUCAGCACAUUUAUCACUCUCCUUGAUCAUGCCGCGGACCUCUGGUCAUCCAAAUCUGCAUUCCAUGACAUUUUUGUCCCCGCAAAUCGAGUCCUCAAACAUCUCAACCACUCCCUCAACAACAAAUUCCCCAGCGCUCUCUCUGACCAACUGCAAAGGAUCCUCGACAAGUUACAAGUGCUCCUAAAGCAAUCCGACCUCGCCCGCCGGCCACUGCUACUACAUAACCACCGUCCGCUGGCGAUCAAAACCGCCAUUCCUAAAUUCGAAGAAUCUUUCAACCCGUCCCGCCAUUACGAUCCUGAUCGUGAACGCGCUGAGCUUAACAAAUUGAAAGCAGAGCAUAAGCGCGAGCGUAAAGGCGCGAUGCGCGAGCUGCGCAAGGACGCGAACUUCAUUGCGCGCGAGAGCCUACGUGAGAAGCGCGAGAAGGAUGCGGAGUAUGAGCGCAAGUACCGUAGGCUUGUGGCGGAAAUCCAGGGCGAAGAGGGCAGAGAGGCGAAGGCUUAUGAGAAAGAGAAGAAGGCGAGGAGGGCGAAGAAGUAG